UAUACUGAAGAGAAAGACGGAGAGAAACGGACAGAAGCAGAAAUGUCUGAUCAGUGUGAUCUGUGUCUGCUGGGACUGAUCAUUCUCUCUUCACUUCUCACAGGCACCAGUGGAUUGGAAGAUGAUCAUGUGUUCAUCAGUUCUGGUGUAGAUGUCCGUCUGCCCUGUAAUAAUGCUCUUUCUGACUGCAAAUCAACUAGAUGGAUCUACUUUAACAGCUUCAGACAUUCAGCAGCAGUUGGACUGAUUACUGGAGGGAUAAAGAAUGAAGACACAGAGAGACAUGAGAGACUGAGUCUGGAGUCUGACUGCUCUCUGAACAUCAAGAACGUCACAGAAGAAGAUUAUGGAGAUUACACCUGCAGACAAUUUGUAAACGACACAAAACAAGGACCUGAUGCACGUGUUUAUCUGCAUGUUCUUCAUGUUUCAGUGUCUCCAUCAUCAUCAUCAUCAUCUUCAUCCUCACAGACUGAGAUCAGUCCAGGCCGCUCUGUGACUCUCUCCUGUCAGUUGUAUUCUGGACUCUCCUGUGAUUAUUUGGUUCAUUAUGAGGGAGUUAAUCAUUGUGUCAGUUCUGAUGAAGUUGAGCUGUUGUGGGUGAAUCAAGCUGGUGUUGAUCUGAAGACAGACUCCAGAUAUCAGAUAUCAUCAUCAUCAUCAUCUUCUUCUUCUUCUUCAUCAUCAUCAUCUUCAUUUGUUGACUAUCACUGUAUCAUCAACAUCACUCUGACUACAACACUCCUGAAUGAAGAUAACAACAGAGAGUGGAGAUGUCAGCUUACUCACAGAAAUCAACUCCAGACGUCAGUCACAUACACUGUCAAGUAUUCAGGUGAGAAAACACUCUCGUGA